GCGUCAGGAGGAGGGAUGGGCCGGCUCGCCGCGACCCGGCAGGGCUUGUUUACUAUGGCUGAUGAUCUGGAGCAGCAGCCUCAAGGCUGGCUGAGUAGCUGGCUGCCAGCUUGGCGCCCCACAUCCAUGUCUCAGCUGAAGAACGUGGAAUCCAAAAUUCUUCAAUGCCUCCAGAACAAGUUCCUGGCUCGGUAUGUGUCCCUCCCAAACCAAAACAAGAUCUGGACGGUGACCGUGAGCCCCGAGCUCAGAGAGCGCACCCCACUGGUGAUGGUGCAUGGUUUUGGGGGCGGCGUGGGCCUCUGGAUCCUCAACAUGGACUCCCUGAGUGCCCGACGCACCCUGCACACCUUUGAUCUGCUCGGUUUCGGGCGAAGCUCAAGGCCAACGUUCCCGAGGGACCCGGAGGGCGCAGAGGAUGAGUUUGUGACCUCAAUAGAGACAUGGCGGGAGACUAUGGGGAUCCCCAGUAUGAUCCUCCUGGGCCACAGUUUGGGAGGAUUCCUGGCCACCUCUUACUCCAUCAAGUACCCCGACAGAGUUAAGCACCUCAUCCUGGUGGACCCGUGGGGCUUUCCCCUCCGACCGACAGACCCGAGUGAGAUCCGUGCACCCCCAACCUGGGUCAAGGCUGUGGCCUCUGUCCUAGGGCGUUCCAACCCACUGGCUGUUCUUCGAGUAGCGGGGCCCUGGGGGCCUGGUCUGGUACAGCGAUUCCGGCCAGACUUCAAGCGCAAGUUUGCAGAUUUCUUUGAAGAUGAUACCAUAUCGGAAUACAUCUACCACUGCAAUGCCCAGAACCCCAGUGGAGAGACUGCGUUCAAGGCCAUGAUGGAAUCCUUCGGCUGGGCCCGGCGCCCCAUGUUGGAGCGAAUUCACUUGAUUCGAAAAGAUGUGCCCAUCACCAUGAUCUAUGGGGCCAACACCUGGAUUGAUACCAGCACGGGGAAGAAGGUGAAGCUGCAGCGGCCGGAUUCCUAUGUCCGAGACAUGGAGAUCGAGGGCGCGUCACAUCACGUCUACGCAGACCAGCCACACAUCUUCAAUGCCGUGGUGGAGGAGAUCUGCAACUCUGUGGACUGAGCGUCUGUCUGCGAAGGAAGAGGAAGCCAGAGAGUCGCUCCCACCUCCCUGUCUGCUUACUCACCUUCUGUCCUUUCCUCUCCAACUAACACGUGCCAGCCCCGCAGAGGCCGAGGGCAGGACCCCAGUGAAAAAGAGCGCCCCCCCCCCCAUGAGGCCACAUGCACGGCCAGCAGCAGCCUUGAGAGGCCUUGAGCUCCCCAGCCCGGGGAAGAGCGCGAAGGGUUGCGUCGUGCCACCCCUUUGUCCCCAUGCCAAGUGUUGCCCGGACGAUGGCUGUGAAGGGAUUGCACUGAGCCACGUUCCCUCCCUGUGCCAAAGGGAGGGCGGCCUCUUCCCCCAGGGCGCAGGAGCGGCCUUUCCCAGCUCUGGCUCCCCCCAUCCCAUACCAGCUCCACCCGGGGCCCUGGCUGGCACCCUCUUCACAACCAACCAAGAGCAGGCCUGGGACUGUUGUGACCGGCAACUUCUUCUCCAACCUGGGCUGGCAGCUCCAAAGCCCUCACGAACCUCUGAGGGACAUGGCUGGCCCAUGUGACACAGAUCUGGUCCCGGAGAGCUGAGGCGAAAACCAGGCCUGCUGGCACCCCGCGCUUGUGCAGACCCCAUUGCCGCAGAAAGGAUCCUAAUCACCCCUGCCCCCCACAUUCCAGUCCCACUGGGCAGGGGUGCUGCAGGUCCUGCUCUGCCUCUCAAUCCUGGCUGCCUCAGCUGGGGACACUCAAGUGCUUCCUUCCCUGCCCCUCGUACGUCCCAAUGGGUGGCCUCUGGGCCUCCCUCUGUGCCUUGGGCCCUGAAGCCCCACCUGCAGUGUAGAACAAAGGUGGCCCCUGGUGGAGAGCGAAGGGAAAGGCCUUCAGCCUGUCUAGACGUCCCCAUGCCCACUAGUAUGGCAGGAUUCCGUUCUGCCGUAAAACCAGCAGUUCCCUGUCCUUCUCUCCCAUGGGAUGGGUGUCUGGGCCCUACCACGCUCUCUCUCCUCCUGGUCUCCAGCUCAUCCCACCCCGGCCACCCUGUCUGUCUCUCGCAGGCUGGUUCCAGUUGUCGCUCCGAGGUUCUGGGUAAUGGGCUGGGCCUGGCCUCAGAACUCGGGGAGUGCCUGCCUUCCCCUUCACUUUUGUAAAGCCAACCCUUCCACCAGAAUAGUAUUAACUCCUGGUGCUUUGUUCUACUGGUCCAGCUGCCUUGGGCUCCUUUUCUAUAUUAAUAAAGAAAUGAGUAAAUGCUG